AGCCUGCUAUAAGUAGGUGGUCCACCUUUAAAAGUAGGCGGGUUUAAACCGUCUAACCAAUGAGCGGCCUCUUUCACAUUUAAAUGGCCCCGUGUGUCAAUCAAGACUCCCCCCCUCUCCUCCCUCCCUCCUUCCCUCUCUCAGUCAACCUCCCCUCUCAAUCCCUUCUACAUCUCUCAAUCGCCAUAUUGGGUACUGAGAGGUUUGUCUGCAGUUUCUCUCAGUCCGGGACGAAAUUGACAGAGCGGCUUCAGUUCCUGUGCACUUUGUUUUGAUGAUUUGCGGAAACUAUUUUCGGCUCCAGAACGCCGCAGCCGUUAGCGCCUUCAGCUCGACGUAUGCAUGGCAUAAGGCGUUUCACGCCUGUUUCGGAUCUUUUCCCCGUGACCAGGAGAUACCCCUUGUUUUUUAGCGGUGUGUUUUUCUCGUGAAAACUGGACGCUCCCGGCCGCCUGAAAAUUGUGUCGUCUUUUCGAGGGAUAAAAUGUCAGAUGUUCGACUUUCAAACGGGAGUCCGACGCUGGAGCGGACGGACCCCCGGGUGGCGGAGCACCCGAAACCGUCAGCUUGCAGAAGCCUCUUCGGCCCGGUGGAUCACGAAGAGUUAAAAAAGGAUUUAAAUGGACAUUUGCGGGAGUUGGAAGAGGCUGCCUCCGUCAAGUGGGGCUUCGACUUCCCCAAUCACAAGCCGCUGGCCAACAGCAGGUUCGAGUGGAAAAUAGUGGAUUGCAGCGAAGUCCCGGAUUUCUACAACCGGCAGCCGCGGAGGGAGAAGGGUGUCUCCUCUGGGAAUAACAAUGUGGAUCUAAAUGGGAAUCAUAAUUGCGUUGUGAUGACUCCAAGCGAAGAUACCCACCGGUCUGACGGUCAGAUGGCGUGCACAGAACAGUGCGCUGGGCUGAGGAAAAGACCUGCAUGUCACGACACCUCGGCUCAAAACAAAAGGUCACACACCAGCCCAGAUGAGGUUAGUUGUCCAAGCCUGAGCCACACCGCAGAACACACACCCAGAAAGACCAGUCCCAAGAGACAAACGUGAGGACGAGAAACGAGCUGAUGAUGCAUUUCCUCGUUUUUUUUUUCUUUUUUUUUUCUUCAUUUUGUUUUGUUUUUUAUACGUGGGAAACCUCAGUGUGGCUGAUUUUUGGACGAGGAUCUAUGCAGCAUCAGAAACAUAUCAGCUGUCCUGAAGACGGGGGAGGACGCUGUUGAAGCACUGAAUAGAAACACUAAAGUUGUGGCACUCAUUAAAUGUUACUGCCUCUAACAGCAGUUGAUGUAGCAGUGUGCAAUUAGAUUUAAUUUCCUGUUUUUUUUUUUUGUUGUUUUUGUUUUUUUUCCUUUUUUUUCUUUUUUUUUUAACUACCUGUCUGUAAAUAAAUAAAAAAAGAUCUAUAUAUUUCUUUCCAAAUGUAGCACAUAAAAAACAUGAUUUAAAAACAAAUCAUUUAUGCAGAAAGAUGUGGAUUAUGAUUUGACUUGAAGAAUUGCAGUGUAGUUUGAGAUUUGUUUCCAAAAUGCUGUUUUUUAUUUUUUUUAUUUUUUUUUUAAGCAUUGUGGUGUUGAUAUAGUCCCUGAUUGCUACAUUUAAAAGAAAAUCAUGGCUUAUUUACAGUUUCUUGACAGUGUGACUUCACUCCGUCAUCUUCCUAACUCAGCAGUGAAGAAUGGUACAAAUGUAGCUUUUUUUUUUUUCUUCUUUUUUUAUAUACAUAAUCCUUUUAUUUCUGGCUUUUGCAGCAUCACCAGCACGUUGUUUUCUUAAGAUCUAAAUACACAGGAAAUAACAAGAGGAAAUAUAAAAAUUUUGCUAGAGCUUGCUUUUAUUUAUUUUAUAUGUGGGGUGAAUGCAGCAUCAGUUGAAUCCUGGAAUAUGAUUUUUUUUUUUUUUUUUUCUUCCCCCUCCAUCAUCUGUACACUUCAGCUUAGUUUCCUUCUGGAGCUGUGAGGUACUCGCAUAUUGAAGGACAUACAAACUGCACAGCCUGUGUUCUCCUCGACUGUAUUCCUAUUGUCUCAUGAGCCUUAAAUGCUCCAAUGGAGGUUUCCCAAAAACAGUUGAAUCUCCCACAAUACCAAAUACCUGGUUGCUUCUGUAUGGUUGCUAGCACUGCCUGUGCUCCUUAAUUGACUUCACAUUGUUUUACUUUGUGAUAACUUAGUUGCUUUAAUUAUUUUCAAAUUUUAUAAUUUUUUUCAUCUUGGAUAGCCUGCUGAGGAUGUAAGUGACCAUCUAAAAGCUUCCCUUUAAUUGAGUAAUGUUUAUGUUCAGAGAUUCCAGGCUACACCUGGAUGGAGCCGAAGAACAGCUCUUCCCAGAAAUACAGUCACCAUGCUUGUGUAUUUGUGUAAAUCUUUGCAAAGUACCUAUGUACAUAUUUUGUAAAAACACUGAGAAAUUAUACUAACUUAUUUAUGUCAAGAUUUUUUUUUAUGUAGAAUUAAAAAAAAAAUGGGUUUUUGAUUACGGUUAUCCAAAGUGGCAUUUACUUAUAAUUGUUUCAUUUUGUAAAAGCCUUUUUUUUGUAGUUUUUUUUUUUUUUUUUUUUUUUUUUUUUUUUCUUAAAAGGUUGCGAACUGAGCCUGGUGAAAUUUUUGAUGUGCAUUUUGUAAUGUGUGGUUAUAAAAUGUGUUGCAAUCAAUUAAAAGAGAAAAUUAAAUCUCA